AUGAUUGAGCGAUGCAGUGACUCCCAAAAACGGCAAUUUAGGAAUCUUAUUGGUGAGAUCGAGCUCAACGACAAGAAACCAUCCCAGUUACUGAGAGAAAUGCGAGUUCUGGCAAAAAAUUUCGUGAGUGACACCAUUUUGCAAACUUUAUGGCUUCAGAGACUUCCUACCAAUAUUCAAGUAGUCUUCUCACCCUCAUCAGGUUUGGAUCUGACCAAAAUGGCCGAAAUUGUCGACGAGGUCAUAGGGGUUACUACAAGUUCACUAGUUUUUAUCAAAAACUGUGUGGAUGCGAAGAUCGGAUCUCUGAGCUUUCAAAUCAAAUUUCUGAUAUCUCUUGAAAGCUCGACAAUCUCCUUCGCAACAGAAGCUGGCCCAGGACACGAAACACAAGUAGGGAAGCAACCAACAAAGAAUUUUGUUUCUAUCACAACCAGGUCUGAAGCAAGGCAAAGAAAUGUAAAGCACCUUGCUGUUACAACACUUUAUCAAAAAAAUAGAAACACCGUUGGUCAAGGAGGUGGCAGCUAA